GGGCACAAUGUCGCCCCAUGCGCAUUUGUCAUAAUUAAUCUCAUUCACGAGAAACCGUCCAUGAAUGGCGCUCGCGCAAAAGCAACUGGACACCUCGGAUACGGAUUCAGAGAAGCGCUCGACGAUGACCUCGCGGAUAAACACGAUGGUAGAGAACUCGGUCGUCAGCGAUGAAAAUUUGUCGGACAAUCUCUCGGGCAAUAUUGCCGUUCAUAACAUGUCCGUGAAGUUCCCCUGUGAGAAGUGUAUCGGCGAGCUCGAAGCCAAAGCCUUCAUUGCGAUCCUGCAGGAGGCCGUGACGAACCUCGAGAUUCUUCGAGGCACCUUGAGAAAGCCCAAGAGCAACGACUCGCAGACCACCAAGAGCGGCCCGCCGAGCCGCAUUAUCAUGAGAAAGAAAAAUAGCUGCUCGGAGAAGAACGAGAUGGAGAUGUUUUUCGGGAAGGAUGUGGGACUCGAGCCCGUGGUGCUCAGCAUCCAAGAUAAGCUGCUAAGGGACAGGGACUUGGCUUAUAAUUUUUUUGAUAAUGUCGCUUACGAGCUUGAACGCAAUAAUAGUUGUGAUUUUCUUAUAAACGAAGUCGGGACGAUUAUUAAAUUGAAAGAAAAAGAGAGUCAGCUUAAGGUAAAUUUGAAGAUUUGGUCGGAUUUAGUUUCAAAAUUACGAUCUUCACAAAUUAAUCUCAAAGAAGAUUUCGAAAUAAAUAAAAAGAAGUAUUUGAAAGAAAUAAGUGAAUUAGCUCAAAAUAUUGACAACUCGUAUUGCGCCAACAUCGAAAAAUUAGAUUACAUCAUAAAAUGGGAAACGUCAAAGUUAGAACAGCAAAAUAUGCGAUUAUCGCUGCAGGAAGAAGAGGUAAGAAAUGAGAUCAAGAAAUUGGAAAAGGCAAGAGCCAUUGAUGCAAAAGUUUCCGAUGAAUUGCGCAUUUACGGACAAUCGGUAAUAAAUGCAUACGAGAACGAUAUCGUAGAUUGGACAAAUCGAUACAAUAAUGAAAUGGAAAGACGCCAAAUAGAAAUCAAUGCAGUUGAGGACAAUAUUAAAGAAAUAAAUACAUUUCUCUUAGAAUCACGCAAAUUAUACGACGAAAGGCAGAUAGUCGUAGAUAAAGAUUUAGAGGAAAAGAAUAGAGAGAAUGAAAAAAUAGAAUACUGGAAAACUAUAAACGACUGGGCAACAGUGAUCCAAGCUGUUUGGAGAGGAUAUAUGGUGAGACAUAAAUUGGGUCCUUUCGCCAAGUUAGGGUAUAAAAAGCCAAAGAAGUCAAAAAGGUCAAAAAGGUCAAAGUCAAAAAAAAAUAAAUUAAAAAAAUCGAAAAAUGAAAAAUAAACUAAUGUUAUUUCGUAUGAAAGUAUAUGAAUUAUGGUAUAUACACUUGUAAAUCCAAAAACAAUAUAAUACAUAUAUUUAACA